AGUUGAAGCAUUUCCUGCGGUGAACAGCCCUGAGAGGCGCCCCCGAAAGGGUCUGCGACUCUACUGAUACACGCCGCGCGGGGACAGAGGCGGCUUUUUUUGUGCGUGGUGACUCUGCAGCUGACCAUAUUCUGAAGAAAGCGAUUUUGCAGCUGGUUUCCGCCUCUGCUGAGUCGGAAGUGAGAUCUUGCCCAUGAGAUCUUGCACACAGUGGAAUUUCCUCGCGUGCAAACAGCUCUUGAAGAUCAGAAAAUAAUGGCAGAAGAAGAAUUUCAAGACAUAAUACAAAGAUGUCAAAAUCUGGAUGAGGAGGACUUUAAAGGAGAGGAUUUUGACCUCUUCCAAGCUGCGGGGGAAAAGUGCUUGAAAGAGGGGCAUAUAACUGAAGUAUUAGAAACAUUUCAAAAUGAGAAAAACAAGGUUGUUAUCAAAAGCAUGGGCUGGAAUCUUGUGGGUCCUGUGAUCAGAUGUAUGCAUGAAUAUAAAGAAAAUGACAUUGAGAGAGAUCGCUGUAAGAAAAUAUUAGAUAAGUUGGUGGAGUUGUGCAAUCCAAAAGAGCUUGUUCUGGGUUUUCUGGAGCAAAUUGAACAAACUUCUAAGGAUCAAAUGUCCCAAACAGUCUUGGUUUUGCUUAAACCUCUGCAGGAGGUGCUUCUGAAACUUCCCAGAAAUAAAGCAUAUUCAUUCGGGUUGUCACUGUCCACCAUUUUGAACCAGCUGUCUCUUAUGCCAGUACCUUACACAGCACAACAGCUACAAGAAGAUAUUCAUGGCCUCUGUCACUGUUGCAGUGCUUUAACAGAUUUUGUUAAUCCUUUCGUGGAUGAAGUUGUUAAGCACGUGGAGAGCUCAGAUGGAGAGUGUGAAGAUCUGAAGGAGGAACUGUUAAGCUUUUGCCUGAAGAGCUUGAAAUACCCCUUGCUCAUGGCAGAGUUUGAACUAUUAUCUGAGGACACAGUCAAGCAUCCUUUAAGGCAGUUUGCUGCAGAUAUAUUAGGCAUUUUGCUGGACAUUAGAGAAUUGAUUCCCAAAGUAUUCCCUCAGCAUGGAUGCAGAAAUCAAACCUGGGAUAAUGAGGAAUUAGUGGAAGUAGAACGAGAGCAGUCAUCAGAUUCUGAGGCAUGCCUGUCUUAUAUCAUCUUUGUUCUGGACUUUGGAAUGAACUAUUUUCCAGCAGUUUUCCACCCCGCAUAUAUUCUGCAGUGCAACAUGGUGCACGUUCAUGUUCUGCUAGAAAGGAAAGAAGAAUCUGUAUUAUCAAAAGGACUUGAUCUGCUGGAGAGCUGUCUACUGAGACUGGAAGAUAACAGCCUUUUCCUUCAGUACUUGGAGUUCAAAGGCUUUAUUACAAUACCUCAGGAAUUGGUGAAAGUGAUGACACAGUGUCCUUUUGAAUCUUUGAGAAAGAAGAGUUUAAAGCUUUUACAGCUGUACAUAAACAAGUUUGAGGAUGAAGGAAAGUACACAUUGUUCAGAUGUCUGUUGAAGACAAGUAGCCAUUCUGGUGUGGAAGCAUACAUUAUCCAGAAUAUUAAAAAUCAGAUUGAUUUAUCCUUAAAGAGUGCAAAGGGUAGUAAAUGUUUUACUGGAUUGCAUCUGAUUUCACUGUUAGACUCUGUGCUCUCACUUCCGGAAGGAGCUGAAACUGAUCUUCUCCAGAACUCGGACAGGAUUAUGGCAUCUCUAAAUCUGCUGAGAUAUUUAGUCAUUAGAGAUAAUGAAAAUGACAAUCAAACCUGUGUAUGGAAAGAACUUCACAAGAUUGAGCAAAAUUUCUUGAAGCCCUUACACACUGGACUUAAUAUGUCAAGGGCACAUUACGAAGCAGAAAUAAAGAAUAAAAAAGAGAAAAAAAGAGAAUCCCACACUUCUAAGACACCUUGUUCUGUAACAGUAGCUGGGGAAAGAAUGCCUGCAAUGACAACUGAGAUGGAACUUCAGGUUCUUCAGUCGGCUCUCUUCACAUUUGACUUAAUAGAGAGUGUUCUGGCGAGGGUAGAAGAACUUAUUGAAGUCAAAACAAAAAUAGCAGUAAUGAUGCAGGUAUGGGAAGAUACCCCAAAUAUGGUGGAGGGGACACCCCCACCCCCCCGCCCCCAAGGAUGUGCUUAUGCUGCCAGUAAAGAAUACUUUUUAGCAAGAAGAUGAAGCAAACUUGAACUCCGUAACUCCGGUUCAGAGGGGUUUUUUUCAGUGAAUUGGAACAGAACUGAUUUCUUAAACACAAGAAGUGGGAAUCAAUUCAAAAUAAAGAUAAUCUCCUGUAUGCAUAGCUACUGAUCCUGCUGAGAGAUGGUACAGGCACCUCUUUCUAUUUUUGCUAAGUUAGUGAACAAGAAGGUAGAGAUAUGUGAAGAUGAUAUUUUAAAAAGGAGUAGCAGCUGUAAAGAGGGAGAAGAAAGGGAGUUCAAUGUGAAAGGUGGAAUAAGAUGUUGAUCAGCUCACCAUACCCUAGGGAAGGAAAUGAACUGUAAUAUUGUUGAUAUUUCCUAUAGUUCAAUAACUAGUUUAUAUCCCAGGAAAUUAUAAAAAAGUUUAUUAGAAAAAUUAGGCAAGCAAUCAGCAUUAAUUCUAUCCUAGAGGGAAAGUCUUCUUUUAUAGUGGCCAAAGAGAGAAAAUUUAGGCCGUAGAGGCCUGAUGCAAAGUAACAAUGCAGUCCUAAGGAAAGUAAUUCCAGUUUAAUCCCAUUCAUUUCAAUGAGUUUAGACUGGAAUAACCCUGUUUAGGAUUGUACUGUAAAUGAUUUAUAAAAUAAUCAGGUUAGAACUGCUCGAACAUGUCAACUCCCCAUUUCAAAUUGGGCUCCCAUUCCUACCCAUUUUACAGCCUUCCUUUUGAAAGCAAACAAUCUGGGGAUAUUCAUGAAAUGUAUUGAAAGUAGUCCAGUGAAUAUUAACCAGUUACUGAACCACAAUUUAAAAAAUAUAGCUCAACCUGAACAAGGACUGAACUCAAAUUUGUAAUGGUUUGACUCCUUCCUUUCUAGAGCUGUAGUAUAGAAACGGUAGUGGUCAAGAUUGACAGAGAAUACUUUGGGAAUGGGCCUGUGAUAUAAACAAGCAUGGCAUACAGCAAUUUCAUAUCACAUGCUGGACAGCUUUUCAAGUACGUGACUAACACCUUCCAGCACAGUCUAUGCUGGUGUUGUCCCCUUGAGUAAAACUUGAAUGUGAAUUGAUAUUGCAAAUCAACAGCUAUUUUAGAUGCAGGUAAAUUUCUCCAUGCAAAAUUAUUUUUCCUGGUUAUUCCUGGAGACAUAUGUGAUUUCAUGUGUCCUUCAGCCAGCCUGGAAGGUAGAGAGGGUGGUAGCUAACAUUAAUUGAUUGGAAAGGAUAGCUCUUGAAUACAGUGCACAUGUUUAUUUCUAUUUAUGAGGGAAAUGUCAACAAGAAAAAAGACAUUCUUAGAAAAGCUGAAGUAUAGCUGAGUAAACAAGAAGUUUGCUAUAAACUACAUGCAUCACUGUAAUUAUGUACACAUUGCUCUUCUGUGCAUUUGAAUAAUGAACAUUCUCUCAGUGUUACUUCUAAGACCACCUGAAUACCAAUUUCCACUCAAAACUUAAAUAUACAAGUAUUAAUUGUUCAAAUUCUUAAAUGCUGAAAGACAAAUAAAACUUUAAAUGAA